AUGCAGAGCAGACAUCAACUGGAGGCUCAGGGUUGUCCAGUACGCUAUCCACAAGUGCUUCAGUUAGUAGCAGUAGCACAAGUAAUAGCACUGGUCCAACAGUGUUAUCGCCUCAUUGAACUUGCUUCUGCACAUCCUGUACAGCCUUCUAAACCCUCUGUACCAGGUACCGUACUUCAGCAAGUUAUGAGUGGAUUAAGUGGUGCAGUGCCUCCAGGUGUUACAACAGCAUCAGCAGCCUCAAUAAUACACCAGCAACAGACAGCAACAUCAGCACCAGCAAGCACAGCAACAUCAGCAGCAGCAACAGCAAGCACAGCAGAUGAUGGCUCCGCAUUCCCAAUAUGUUUCCCCACCAGCUGCUGCAGCUCUGCAGGGUGCUCUCCCACCUGCCUUCUACACAGGCCUUCAGCAGCCUGCUAUGUUAUUCUUUGGAAGACUUCCAAUUACUACACAACAACGCUGCCUCAUAUGGCUCCAACCAGUUUAGCCACUGGCCGUGACGGGAACAUGACGUCGGCGGCUUACUCUGCAGCUGAUGCUAAAUUCCGAACUGACCAAAAUUCCUCUCCUGUUCCCUCCACUAUGAAUCAACAAGGAGCACAGGCAGGUGUACAUACAUCACAGCAGCUGGCAAUGCAGCAAUGCCCCGUUCUACAUGUACCAUAA